AUGGCCAGGAACCAGUACCAAGAAGGGCAAAUGUGGAAGAAAUCCCCACCCCAAUGGAAGCAAGAACCCUUCAAUCCGCAAACGGCAUCUUCUCUAAAACCCUCAGCCUGUUUUAAGGGUGGAAAGGAGGGGCACCGAGCUGCAGAAUGCCAUUCUCAAGCACCGGCUAGGCAACCAGAGCAUCCAUUGCAGGGGAAACCUUCGAAACCUGGCCAGCAUGAGAAGGAGACAGCCCUGAGGAGCAGGGAGAUCAUAGAAUCUUCACCCCCUCCCCUCUUAGAGAAGGAAACCCAGGCUUAUCAGCAGGAGAAACCAUACUCACUUGGAAGCGAUCCAGAGGAUGAACCACUGAGGGUGAAGGAGCAAAGCAAACCUCUCAACAUAGUUAGUUAUGGUCUUUUGUUUUUGUGUCUUCCUUUUCAGCCCGACUUUCUAUCUAUGGUUCAUAUACGUUAUUUUACACCUUUUCCCGCUCUCAUAUUUACUUGUGUGGUGUCGAUAAUAAUGGUCAUACCUGCGAGUUUCAACAAGAUAGUGAACCUUUUCAGCUUUACAGCUUGGAUUUUCAACGGGAUCAGUGUUGCAAGUCUCCUGUAUUUAAAGAUUAAGAAACCAGAACUCCCAAGAUCUUACAAGGUACCAAUCAUCAUACCAAUCAUUUUUCUGAUGAUAUCGAUCUACCUGGUACUGACACCCAUCAUUGACCAGCCACAGGUCGAGUUCUUCUAUGUUAUACUCUUCAUCCUCAGUGGUAUCAUAUUUUACUUCCCCCUGGUUCAUUACAAGUAUUGCCCUGCAUGCCUACGGAAAUUAACUAUUUAUAUGCAGCUUUUAAUGGAAGUUGCAGCAACUGAAAAGGACACGAAGUGAAUGAAUAUUCAUAAAGCCGCUUUGACAAAUGUUCUAAUUAUCCGUACAGUUCUGAUCUGUAGAGAAAUGAGGGUACAGCUUUUCCUGAUCAUGUUUCAGAAACAUUUUGAAACCGGAUCACAAUUGUUCCUACCCCUAUCUAGGUAGUAAUUGGGGGGAGGGGGAGAAAGAGAGGAAGCUACCAGAAUGCCCCUUUUUAUAUUUAUUGUCUGUUUUGCUUUUUAAAUUUCUCUUUCUCCAUUUUUUUUAUACAUACAUACACAUUUUUUUCUUUUUUCUUUUUUGUGGCUUGAAUAUCUUACUUUAACCAAUAAAAAAGAAAAGAGGUUUAAAAAACGGUUCCACCACAAAAUCGCAGAGGACAAAAUCGCGCUCGACGAAAG